UGUAAAUUUAUACAUACAUACCUACUUGACAAUAAAAGGAAUAAUUACGGCAAUACACACACACACACACAUCAAGGAUCAGUGUGUGUAUAGAACAGAAGAAAUGUUACAUAAUACAUUAUUGUUGUAUGUUUGUUCACUGUAGAGUAUUAUAGGUAUAGGUAGUUACAAUAAGUUAUUAUUAUAUACUCAUCUAUAUAUUUUUGUUAUUUAUAUAUAAAUAAUGUUUAUAUCUAUAAUAUAACUAUGAAUGACUGUUUAAAGUCUAAAAUUGUAUAACAGAUCGUAUGUAUACGUUAAUACUUAUAUAUUUAGUUGUUUUCCUAAUGCAUCUGUUUAAUGCUUGUAAAUACAUUAGAUACUGUUGAUGAGAUCCCGACGGUGUAAAUGUUACCUAUCUUGGACUAUUCUACCUCAUUGGACUUUGUUCCCAUUUCGCGUAAAUAGUACUUCGUCAAAGUACUGGCCCAGCUAUACUAUUUCAACUGUUAAACUGGACGUUUCUAUAACUGUUACUUUAUAGUGUCACUAGUAAGAUUUAGUGUUUGAUAUAUUAGUGUAUGAUGUCGUGUUAUAAGUAGUUUACAUUAAUUUAGUGUUAAAAUAAGUUUGGAUAAUAUUAUUGUUACAUUAUUCGCUUUUUUUGUUUCUGCAUAAUAGAUAGUUUUAAUUUAAUUUGUUUCUUCUGACGAUUACUUUGUUCCAAUUAGUGGAACGUAAGGAAAUUAUAUUACUUCUUAGGGUGCGUCCACAUCUGGCGAGGCCUAUUUCGUUAACGUAAGCGAAUAUUUUUUUAAACGUGAGACAUUAGUCUCUAGCGCUCUUUGCGAAAAAUUCCUACUUCAUAGCCCUCAUUGCGGUGCUUGUAAAGUGUAUUACAUAUUUACACGUUAAAAGGCACGGCCCGCCGUCGGCGCGCUGUCGGCGCGCUGUCGGCUCGCUGGCGGCGCGGCGUAAGCACGCGAGCGCUUUACUACAACUCGAGUGAACCGCGCGCUGACUACCGUUAUGAAAUAUAUCAUACGACAUAGAUUGAAAGUGAUUAUUUAAAUGACAACUUAUUUGCUUGGUUGGAGCCGUGCCUAUUAGAAGAGCAAACUUUAACCUAUGUAGUUACUUCGUAACGUUUUUUAAGAUUAACAUAGGUUUAAAAUGUCCUUGCUGCGUCAACAAUACCUGUUGUAUCAUGUACGUUAGUUAUCAUGGCAUAUAACAAUUUUUAAUAUCAUUGUAAAUACUUAAGAUUUAUUAUUUUUGUUAAAUCAUAUGCAUGAAAUUAAUGCCCAUCUUCACCAACUUUUCCUAAAUGUUAAGGCACUCCUAAGCUAAGAUAGGUGACAUUUAAUGUCACUUUGACUUUCGCCGACCUAUGAAUGACACCUAACAAUACAAGUAAGGGGUUAGCUAAGGUGCUACGUCACUCUAAGUAACUUUUACUUAAGGGAAGGUUUCGGGAUGGUUGGUGGACACGGCUAUAGAGGUAUAUCUUAAAUAUAAUGUUUUCUUGUAAUCUAUAAGUCCAGGUAAUGAUGGCCGCACUGACGCCGACAUAGUUUUGUUUCGUAUCUUUGUUAUUGCGUAUCUUCUACUGUUCAGUUGUUAUGUUACAUUUAAACCAGUAACAGUACAUACAAUACAUUAUUGAUAUACUGUAUUAAGGUCCGCAUAGAACUCCAAACUUGACGAUUUAUUGUUUGAUUGACAAUAUCAGAAGACACAUUAGAUUCAUAAAAAUGUAACAAUUCAAAUAAUAAUCGCAACGGUUCCUUGUCAAUUGUAUAUAGUUGACAAUAAUAAUAAAUUUCUGAACAUUGUCAAUGUUUUAUUUAUUUAUGUCCUUUGACACACGGUUCCUGGUUCAAUGUGAAGGGAUGUGUGUUAUCUGUCGAUACAGAGCUAAUGCUCUCGGUCCACUAGCUUCCUACUUUAGCUUGUUAUUUAUAAAUACAAUACAAUCACGCACGUAACACAUGAUGGGUAUAGUUAAUGUCCAAUACCCACACACCUACAAUAACGGACAGAUUAUAUUGGAUGAUCAUAGGAAUACCAGAACACACGGUACCUACAUGACUACAGGGGUACAAUGGUCUCUUAAGGCUAUGGCUCCCAAAGCCAUCUUGAGCUAGUAUGGACGUAAUAGACAAAUAUAUUCCUGCAAUUUUUUAAUUGAGUGAUAAAUAUGGAUGUGAUUAUGGAUAAGUGGAAUGUGGGAAUUGGUAACAUUUACAAUAAUAAAGCUACUGCAUAAAGCCCAACGUAGCGUGCUGUCCUUGCGAGGGCGGAUACUGCGCCGAUAGCGUGCCCACGCGCAGCGCCACCCGCAGGGGCACUCAACUAUUGGAUCAGUUUCUUAUGAUAUAUUUUGUGAAAAAAGCACUUUACUCGUCACUAAGUUACUAUCUCGCCUGGCGGUAAGCGAUGUGAAACAAGUGAAACAAGUGACUAUUCACUCGGACUCUGAUGACGCUCAGUUAUAGGAAACACAAACUCUGACAAGGUUCAAUAACUGCAAGCGAUUGGACUUUAAAACUUUAUUGUCGCGUUACGUGACAUACCUACUCGGACACCAGGCACGACAUUUCACUGCACAUCGACCGAAGCAAAUGUAAUAAAAUUUAGUUUCAAGAUAAAAUCAAUAAUUAUGCAGUUUGAGCGUGUGUUACACCAAAAGUUUGCGAUCCCUGCGCACGGGUGCGACGGGUGCGACCCCGCACAGCUCCACACACUGUGCACAACUCGAGUUGUCAACAUGGCGCCGCACUGGACAGGACUGCUCGCCUCACUGCUGCUUUGCAUAUAUGGAGCGGCGCGCGUGCGAGGCGACUGCGGCAACGCGACGCAGCUGUCGGUGCAGCUGGACACGCUGCUGGCGGAGUAUGAGCGCGAGGCGCCGCCCGCCGCCAUCCUGCGCGUCUCGCUGGCGCUGGACGUGCGCCACGCCACCGUCGACGACAACCGCGCCGUCAUGCGCCUGCUCGCUGACCUCAAGAUGUCGUGGCAGGAGCCGCGUGUGCGGUGGAACGCGUCGGAGUGGGGCUGCGGCAGCGUGCUGACGUCAGCGGAGCGGCUGUGGCUGCCCGACGUGGUGCUGCUCAACGCGGCCGCCUCCAGGGUGGGGGACGCCGCCACGCGCGCGCGCCUCACCUCCACCGGCGCCGUGUCCUGGCUCACGCACCUCGACGUCACCGCGCCCCUCGACCUCGACCUCUCGGACUGGCCGCGAGACACACAGACCUGCAGCUUCACCUUCGGCUCCAGAACCUACAACAAUGAGGAGUUGAUACUAGAUAUCAGUGAAUUUAAACACGCCGUAGUGUUCGAGACGGGGGCGUGGGAGAUGCAGUCGGUGGCGAGCGACGCGACGACGUGGCAGCGUGGACCCGAGGAGGUGAGCGUGGCGACGUGGAAGGUGCGCGUGUCGCGGCGCGCGGCGGCACAGUCGCUGGGCGCGGGCGCGGUGCUGGCGGCCGGCGCGCUGCUGCUGGGCGCGGCGGCCGCGCUGCCCCCGCAGCAACGUGCGCCGCUCGCUGCCUGCGCCUCCUUCACCGCCGCACUCUGGCUGGUGUCGGCGCUAGUGCGCCUGCCGGGCGGGCAGGGCACGCCGCGCGCGCUGCGAGCGAUGUGCGCGCAGUGUGUGUGCGGCGCGCUGAGCGGUGCGUGCGCGGCGCUGGUGGUGCGGCUGGCGCGGUGCUCGCUGACGCCGCCGAAUGCGCUGCGCUCGCUGCUCUCGUCUCUCUCCACGCUAUGCAAACUGACGCCGUCACCGGAGUCGUGCAUGUCAUCGGAGAGCGGCACGUGGGCGGCGGCGGCCGUGCUGCUGGACCGCGCGCUGUCCGCCAUCAUACUGCUCGUGCUGCUCAUACUCAUCAUCGUACAGCUGUCCUAGCGCCGUCACCUAGCGCCGUCACCUAGCACCGUCACCUAGAUCACAUGCUCAUGGUGCUCGUGUACUUCUCCUAGCGCCCACCGGCUCGAGCAGCUCUCCUAGCGCCGCUAUUACUGCAGCUCACCUAGCGCUCGUGCUCGUGGUUGACUAUAGCACUCUGUUCUAUUGUUCGUGGAGGACGCUGUGUCCAUAGUUUCAUGCACUCACGUUGAAUGCGCGUGUGUAAUUAGUGCAUAUUUUCUGUAAAUAUCAGUGCUACGUAUUAAUAAAUUUUGUCAUUAAAU